UUGAGUGGACUAAAAACAAACGAAAAUCAAUUUUCAUUACAUUUUGAAAUAAAUAAUCCCAGAAAUAUUCUCAUAAUGCGAUCUAACAAUGUCUCCACAAUUUGGAAGCAAUGGUAUCUAAAUGGAAAACCGUUGCCCAUGCGGUCUAUGAGUGAUGCUGCGAAUAAAAAAUGUACCGAAAAUCCCCCUCCAAAAUCCUUAGCACCAAAGGAGCCAACAAAGCCAAAGGAAGAAAUAAAAUCUUUAACCGUUGCACCUGUUAUCAAGCCCAAAAGCCCACAAAUCAAAACCGUACAAAUAUAUCGUUGGAAGCCGGGAGAAAAGGCCAGUUUGCAAACCUAUAAAAUUGAUUUGACCAAAUGUGGUCCAAUGGUUUUGGAUAUUCUAAUCAAAAUUAAAAAUGAAAUGGAUCAAACUUUGACUUUUCGUCGUUCGUGUCGUGAGGGUAUCUGUGGUUCGUGUGCCAUGAACAUUGGUGGCAUCAAUACGCUGGCAUGCACCUGUAAAAUUGAUAAAAAUCUCUCCAAGCCCUUGCGCAUUUAUCCCUUGCCCCACAUGUAUGUGGUACGUGAUUUGGUGCCAGAUCUUUCACAAUUCUACGAACAGUAUCGUUCCAUACAACCAUGGUUGCAGCGCUGUUGCAAGGCUAAGGAGGAAACGGGAACAGCUCAGUAUUUGCAACAUCCGGCAGAUCGUGAUGUCUUGGAUGGUUUGUAUGAGUGUAUUUUGUGUUGUUGUUGCCAGGCAUCCUGUCCUUCGUAUUGGUGGAACAGUGACCGCUAUCUGGGACCAGCCGUUCUAAUGCAAGCCUAUCGUUGGAUUAUCGAUUCACGUGAUGAAGCUACCGCAGAACGUCUUAACAAUUUGCGGGAUCCAUAUAAAAUAUAUCGAUGCCAUACCAUUAUGAAUUGUACCAACACCUGUCCAAAGGGUCUUAAUCCAGCUAAAGCUAUUGCCAAAUUAAAACAAUUGUUGGCUGGCUAUAGCAAGAAGGCAAAUCCGAAAUUGGACACAACAAAAAUUUUCAAAAGCUUGAAAUAAAAUUGUUGGUUUGACCUUUUUUAAAUGCUGAUGAAUUUGUUAAAAAUAAAGAAAUUGGAGAGUGGUCUCUGGCCCUUUUCAAAUAUUUUUAUUUGGA